UAACUUUUUAUCGGACGCCGCAGAUCUUUAGUUUUACACAUUUUUGUAAAGAAAGGUAUGUUUUAUUUUUAAUUUUCCAUUUAUUUUUAAUUUGUUUAUCUUUAAAAAAUGUCUAACUUGCCUAUUUGUAUACCGAUUUGCAAAAGUAUUUUCAUGUUUAGUAGGCUGCCUUAACAUAAAGGUUCCUCUGCAGUCAUCGGUAUUGCGGCCGUAAGACUGCAACUUCCAUUUGAUUUCUUAACAAUCCUGUUUUACAGGGUGAAAAUGAAUCCCAUUUGAACAGAAAACACUGUGUUAAACCACCUUUUUCCUAAACUCCCCUCAGAUUAAUCUGGUUGUAGUAUAACUGAAUUUUGUUGAAUUGUACUGUACAUACAAUGAAGAGGUAAAUCUACAGACGUACCGGUUAUCCCUGCACAUGAAAUAAUUUUGGUAGUGUAUACAAUAACAUAAACACUGAAAAGGAAUUUUAAAUCUUGUCCACAAUGUAGUAUCCUGUAACGGAGAAAGAAGCAAACAUACAAAAGAAAGGUGAGAUGUGUGAUUACACACAUAUAUUACCAGUUUAUCUGUACUCAGAUGAUAAUCAUUUAGGAAAAUGCUGGUAGAGAAUUUUUGCAUAAAUCAUUUAUUUUUCACAGAAUCGGGGCCAAAGCAACGCUUGACACUUAUGCAGUCUAUUCUGUAUUUCAAAUGCAGGUAUCAUUGAUCAGAGGAAACUGGACCGAUUACGGUGAUUCUACUUAUUUGUUUAUCGUUGACAUCCGCAAACAAAAAGCACUUGUCUGUGCCAAAUUAUAUGCUUAAACAUAUUUUUUAAUUUAACAAUGCAAUUUUAGUGAGAUGUUUUAUUCCCUCUCGAGUUCCUUUGUAUAACCAAUUUUCAGUGCAAAACAGUAAUUGGACAUUCCUGUAACUUCAGCUGUGACCUGGGGCUCAGAACAUCCAAAAAGGAGGACUGGGAAAUAUUCCUCUACCUUCAUAAGUGUCCUAAAUAUAAACAUACUGCUCUCACGCUGCUAUCGGAUGAUGGUUCAAACAGACCACAUAAUGCUCUUAAAAUCCUACUACAGGUCAGGCACCUUAGUUUCCACUGAUUUGAUGCAGACUGAUGGUGCUUAAUACCUCAUAGUGAUGUGCUUAUCAGGAUGUCUUUUACUGAUAAAUUAGACACGGGCGGAUGAUGCACUUCUCUGUCUUGUAGAUGAGAGAGAAUAAUACCUCGAUUAUCAAUGAGCAGUGGGUCGUGUUGCCAUGGUUACAAUGUAACAUACCAUGGUUUUUCCCAGUGUCGUUUUUUUGGUAAUGCGUUAAGGAAGGACUGCAGCUUUUACAAUGUUUGACACUUUUUUCUCUCAUACAUUUUAGUGUUAAGAUGGCAGAGUAACCAUGGGAGACUGGAAUUUCCUUGGAGGCAUUUUAGAGGAGGUCCACAUUCAUUCCACUAUUAUUGGAAAGAUUUGGCUAACGAUCCUCUUCAUAUUUCGAAUGCUUGUCCUCGGAGUAGCAACUGAGGAUGUUUGGAAUGAUGAACAAUCAGAAUUUAUAUGCAAUACCGAGCAACCUGGUUGCAGAAAUGUGUGUUAUGAUGAGGCCUUUCCCAUCUCUCUCAUAAGAUACUGGGUCUUGCAAGUUAUAUUUGUGUCUUCGCCUUCCUUGGUGUAUAUGGGUCAUGCCUUAUACAGACUAAGAGCCUUGGAAAAAGAGAGGCAAAAAAAGAAAGCUCAGAUAAGAGUGGAACUCGAAAGCACUGAAUUAGAAAUGACCGAAAAUCGGAAAAGGCUGGAGAGAGAACUCCGGCAAUUGGAUCAAAGAAAGCUAAACAAAGCACCUCUGAGAGGCUCUUUGCUCUGCACUUACGUGAUACAUAUUUUCACAAGAUCUGCAGUGGAAGUCGGUUUUAUGAUUGGGCAGUAUCUUCUUUAUGGCUUUCAUCUAGAUCCCCUUUAUAAAUGUCAGAGAGAUCCAUGUCCAAACACAGUUGACUGCUUUGUAUCUAGACCAACAGAAAAGACAGUGUUCAUAUUAUUCAUGCAAUCAAUAGCGACUGUAUCGUUGCUUUUAAAUAUCCUAGAAAUUAUCCACCUAGGAUUCCGAAAAAUUAAAAUGGGACUCUGUGGGCAGAAUAAAAACAAGGAUGACCCUGACAAUUUCUACAUAAACAAAUCUAAGAAAUACUCUGUGAUACCACACUCUUCUUUGGGAAUAUCCACCACCCCUCAAAAAACUAUUCCUUCUGCACUUAGCGGUUAUACCUUUUUAAUGGAAAAGCAAACUGAUGCUGCUGUCUACCCGGUUCUAAAUUCUCCUCCCAUGUUUCAGUCUGUGCAAAAUAACCGUACAGAAAGCAGCAGCAAUUACACCCAUCGCAAUCAGGAAAAUAAAUCGCCAAAGAAGAGGCCAGCUACAAACGCUUUAGACAAUCAGACUCAAAAUACUAGCACAGAUAAUAAUGAAGCCUUGCUUGGCGAGCUUGGGACUGAAGUGCAUGAUGCUCAAAAAGAAGCUGAAAAGAAACAUUUCGUUGUUGGUACUCAGAAUGCAGAUAUAGCUUCGAGCAUGUGCUUGAGAAGCUUGGCUGAAAUGCCAUCUCAAACUUCACUGCAACCCGAUACAACUUUUCCUAUUACCGGUUUCAGAAGACAGUAUGGAAUCGGUUCGUCUUGGAACUGCUCGGCAAUGGUUGAAAGUGCAGGAGCUUCAAUAAAUUCUCUUCCAAAGAACAGCAACAGAAGACAAAGCGGUUUCAGUGCAAACAAAGCCCAACCUCCUUACAAUGCUGACGUAAAAAAUUCUAGCCGACCAAAUACUCCUGACUCUACAGGGGAGGUGAGCUCAGAAUCUAAACAAAGUAGAAACUGCGAUAGUCCGAAGCCUUUCUCUCUGUCUAGGCGACUGUCGCUGUCAAGUAAUGCCAGCAGCAGGCGUGCCCCCACUGAUCUUCAAAUAUAGUGUGAGCUAACCUGCGAAUUGCACUAGUCAAUGCUGGGAUAAUUACUGAAUGUUGCGACAUAAGCAAGACCUAUGUAUAAGGGUAGCUAAAUCAUUCAACUUUAACCAGCUCUUUCACCUAGAUAGAAAAGUUGUGUAGCCCUUUGAAUAUUAGCUAAGUAACUUUUAAACAGU